CAACGGAUCUAAGAAGAGGAUGAUCGACGAGGAUCGAAGUCUGUGCACAGACUGGAUCUGAGACCCAGAUAAGUCCACGUUUCCAGUGGCCGAUCGUCCUGGAUCAUCCUCCGAUUGGAUCGAACGUCAUCCGGACCUGAUAAAGAACUUACACAAGAAGCUGAAUCCCUGCACAUAAACAGGCCCCCUGACUGAGAGGUGGGAUUUGGCUUCAAACAGAGCACAGAACCACUGCUGUAAUGUGCACGACAGGACGUUUGACAAGGGGCUAAAGGACCAAAAUGAAGCUGGGAGGUUUUCCCCUCACAAAGACAAAAAAAAAAGUAACAGUCUUCCUCCUGGUGCUCUUGAUAUCUGUCAUCCUGCUCACUAACACACAGACCUUCAACUUCAGGUUACAUCAGUGGUACAAAAGAGUUGCAGUCUUCUUCACGCGAUCAACUUUUGACCUAACAACCUCAGUGUCACCAUUAGAGACGUCCACAACGCAGUCUAAAGCUGAGCUCCACAGUUGCAGUUACAAACAUCUCUCUUCAGCAAAUAUGGAAGGACGCAAACUUCUGGACUCUAUAACCUGGCCUGAAACUCUGUCUCUGCCCAAACCGUUUUCACUGAAUUUGACGACUAGUGCCUCCAAAAGCAUGUUCACUAUUGUACCUCAAAAGGAAGGCUGGUAUAUGGGUGACAAGUUGGCGGUUACAAUCCAGAUGAAGGAUUUCUAUGGAAACCCAAAGAGGAGCGGAGGGGACUUUGUUAUCGCCAAGCUCCAGAACCAGCAGCUAGGGGCAGGUGUAGUGGGACAGGUGCAGGACCACCUCAACGGGACCUUCACUGCAGUGUUUCCUCUGCUGUGGAACGGAACGGCGAAUGUAGAGGUCAUGCUGGUGCACACUAGUGAGUCCAUCACUGUCUUAAAACGCUUGACAGAGGAGGAGCCCGACAGGGUCUUCUUCGGCAGUGACUUCAAGUCUGGAUCGGUCAAACACAUGACCACAUGUAACGUGUGCCUGGAUAUGAACAAAGCUCCACUGUGUAACUAUACCGACCUCAACACUGGAGAGCAAUGGUUCUGCUACAAACCCCAAAAGCUGAGCUGUGACACUCGUAUCAGCCACUUCAAAUUAGGAUACAGCCAGAAAACCAGCAAGGACGAAGAAGCUCUCUUCCAAAAAGGAAUCAACUUGAAUGCUCCAAUUGAGGCUGCAGGAAGUGACACUAUCAUGAUUUUGCCAAAAGCAGGUGAGCCAAAUGUUGGGAGCCAAGGACCUUCCGGAUAUUAUUUCAACAACCAGUGGCAACCACUAGGUGGCCCUGCAGUACGCCAGUUCAACAAUGCCUCAGUCAUCAUUGCCUGUCUCAAGGGGAAACAGUUGUAUCUGUUUGGAGACUCCACCAUCAGACAGUACUACCUUUAUAUCACAAAAACACUACCAAACCUACAGAAGUUUGACAAGCACAGUUCACCACAGAGUGGCCCGGGCUUGGCGGUCGACUACGCCAAUGACAUUGUGGUGACUUUCCGCUGUCAUGGGCCUCCUCUUCGCUUUGCAUAUGUCCCUGUGUCCCAGCUGCGAUACGUGGCUAAUGAACUGGAUGGAGUGACCGGUGGACCCAACACUGUGGUAGUGAUAGGCGUCUGGUCUCACUUUAGCACUUUUCCCAUAGAGGUCUACUAUCAGCGCCUCAUGACGAUUCGCAAAGCAGUUCUGCGUUUACUAAACCGGGCUCCAGACACUAAAGUCAUCAUCCGAAGUGGCAACAUGAAAGACCUGAACCUGUACGAGAGUCUGACUAACAGUGACUGGUACUCCCUGAAGCUGGACAAGUUGCUUCGGGCUGUGUUCAAAGAUACUGGGGUGAUCCUGUUGGAUGCUUGGGAGAUGGGACAGGCUCAUUACCUUCCCCAUAACCUCCACCCACAACCAGAAAUCAUCAAACAAAUGAUUGACAGAGUGCUGUCCUACACAUGUCCUGAACAUGGAAAGUGAAUGUUGUAACAAAGAACAAAGAAGGAAAUGUUAUAAAAUGUACUUGAAUCUACAGUGUUAAGACAUUAAAAGUUUACUUUUA